AUGCGAGCUGUGACUGCUAUAAUUUUAUUCAUACCAGUUAUCUGUGUCUCGACGGAAAAUUAUCAUAAAUCAGAAUGGAACAAACGACGAUCGUCAAGUAAUUUUUUUGAUGAUGGAAGUCUUAACUCUGAACAAUUUCAUUCAGAUUCAUCUGUGGGGUCUAAAGAUAUUAAAAUUAACAGACCUUUCUGGCAUAACGAAUUUAAAGAUAAUUUAGACUUUAGUUCAUGGAAAACUGGCGAAAAGCAUAGAGUCACUCGACAUGCUAAUAAAGUACUGAUUGAUUCUUCAGCUAGUAGUGAAAGUUUAGCAUCUUCGAAUGUUUGGGCAUCAGGUAUAGAUAAUAUUCCUUCAAAAUCAAAACUUGCUUCGCAUCAAACUCAUAAUUGGAUUCAGGGCUCUAACCAUGGAAUAAAUCCUAACAAUAAGGCGUUGACCUCUUCAAGCUCUUGGGCUAUUAGUAAUAACAUUUCUCCUGCAUCAAAACUCUCCGUAGAUCAUUCCCAAAAGUGGCUAGAGAAUACCAAGCCCAAUUUAAAUUUAAACUUAGAAAAUAUAAUUGGACACGAUUCUCUUACCAGUAAUCAAAAGAAAAAUUUAAAUAUCAUUGAGCCAAAUACUAAGGUGUUAUCUUCUUCACAUUCUUGGGCAAUUAGUGAUGUUCAAUCACCUCCAAUACCAAAACUGCCCGUAGAUCAUUCCCAUCGCUGGACUGAAAGUUCCAAGGAUAAUUCUAAUUUGAAUUUAAAUUUGAAUUUGAAUAAUAAUCAUAAAAAAAUUCCAAGUAUUGAAAUUCUAAACAAUGAUGACUGGAUUUCUUCGAAUUCAUGGGCCAUUAGUGACAGAGACAUUAUUGCUGAAUCAUUACUGGAUAAUGAUAAUAAUCUGCAAAAGAAUAAUAUUAAGACACCCUGGUUACCUCUAAAUAUUGCUAAUAUAAAGGAUGCUACUUCUAUAAUGGAUAUCAUUAACAAAAAACAACCAUCUGAUUUAUCAACAUUAGAUUCAAGUAAAAAAAGUGAUUGGGAUUUAAAUCUUUUGAAUGAAAUUUCUGAUGAACAUGAACUUUGGACAAAUGAACCUAUAAAGUGGAAAGAAAUAACAAAUAUGCCUGAUAUACCAGAUCUAAAUGAGGGGGUUGAAAUUAAUAAAUUACAAGACUUGGACUUGAACAUAUGGAAUCAAAUUGGAAGUUCUACUUUAAAUGUAGAUCAAGGAAGUGAUCUCAGCAAUUUAGGUCAUAUAAAUGUCCGAGAAUCUUCAUUACAAUUAGAUGAUGACCUUAACAUUAAUAAUCAUUCUACGCUCGAAGAUUUGAAAAUCGUUAAGUUACUAAAUGAACUCAAUAAGUCUAAAAACAUUCAUGAAAUAGUUUCAAUUAAAGAUAUACCAAAUUUAGAUAUAUCAAAAAUCAAAGUUGUCCAGAGAAUAAGGUUCUGCGAUCAUCAGUGUAGAAAUGGUUUAAGACAUCUCAGAGGAAAUGAACAGGAAUAUGAUGAACAAUGUUUAAGACAAGUUAAAAAAGAGUUGGAUGAUAUCAUUGCACAUUUCAAGGACAAAAUUGAGUCGAUUACAAAAACCUGUGAAGUAAUUCAAAGUACUAGUACGACUUCAGGUACAACUCAAAAAAUUGAGACAACAUCCAUCGAAGAAAACACAACUCCUAGUAUUCAUACAACAUCAGGAGGAAAUACUGAUAGGACUUCAACUGACAUGGAUCAGACUACGCAAACUACAACAGAAGCGGUGACUACAUCCAGUACAAUCCCAGAUGAUAAUUUAACCACAAAUAGUAUAACAGAGUCUCCAAUAACACCUACAACUAACGAACCGACUGAAACAUCAGUAACGGCUUCAGAGUUUACUACUCCUUCUGAGGGAUCUUCAACGAACGACAAGACCGAUAUGACAACAAGCGGCCCUACUAAUACUACACCAUUUGAUGUCACGGGCACGACGCCAAGCUUCACAACAAAUACAACACCAAGUGAUACCACCGAUACAACAUCUAGUGUGACUGGUAUAACUGAAACUCCCGAUGAAGGGACGACGACAAGUAGUGAUAUAACUGGCUCACCAACACCAACAAUUACAGGCGAGCCGACGAAUCCAACAGUGACUGCAUCAGACGCUACAACCCCUUCUACUGAACCUACAACUUCUGGUGAAAAUACAGACACUACUCCGUCUAUUACUUCAUCAACAUCAGGUGGUAACACUGACACUACUCCGUCAGUAACAACAUCCACAUCUGAUGGCAAUACAGAUCCAAAUACAAGUAAUACUACACCAAGUGUAACAGACUCGACAGUGACACCCGAUGGAGGAUCAACGACUAGUAGUGAAAAUACUACGCCAUCGCCAACGAACCCAUCAGUCUCUACUCCAGAAACUACAACUCCAUCGACUGGUUCGUCUCCCAGUGACUCUACAGACACGACUGAAUGUAUCGAAGAUACAACUCCUUCUGGUACCCCAUCAACUUCUGGUGGAAAUACAGACACUACUCCUGCUGGUACCCCAUCAACUUCUGGUGGAAAUACAGACACUACUCCAACGGGCCCAUCAUCGACGUCUGGUGGUAACACAGAUCCAAAUACAAGUAACACUACACCCAGUGUAACAGGCUCGACUGGGACCCCCGAUGGAGGAUCAACGACUAGUAGUGAAAAUACUACGCCAUCGCCAACGAACCCAUCAGUCUCUACUCCGGAAACAACAACUCCAUCGACUGGUUCGUCUCCCAGUGACACUACAGAUACGACUGAAUGUAUCGAAGAUACAACUCCGUCUGGUACAACAUCAACUUCUGGUGGAAAUACAGACACUACUCCUGCUGGUACCCCAUCAACUUCUGGUGGUAAUACAGACACUACUCCAACGGGCCCAUCAUCGACGUCUGGUGGUAACACAGAUCAAAAUACAAGUAACACUACACCCAGUGUAACAGGCUCGACUGUGACCCCCGAUGGAGGAUCAACGACUAAUAGUGAAAAUACUACGCCAUCGCCAACGAACCCAUCAGUCUCUACUCCGGAAACAACAACUCCAUCGACUGGUUCGUCUCCUAGUGAAACUACAGAUACGACUGAAUGUAUCGAAGAUACAACUCCGUCUGGUACCCCAUCAACUUCUGGUGGAAAUACAGACACUACUCCUACUGGUACCCCAUCAACUUCUGGUGGUAAUACAGACACUACUCCAACGGGCCCAUCAUCGACGUCUGGUGGUAACACAGAUCCAAAUACAAGUAACACUACACCCAGUGUAACAGGCUCGACUGUGACCCCCGAUGGAGGAUCAACGACUAGUAGUGAAAAUACUACGCCAUCGCCAACGAACCCAUCAGUCUCUACUCCGGAAACAACAACUCCAUCGACGGGUUCGUCUCCCAGUGACACUACAGAUACGACUGAAUGUAUCGAAGAUACAACUCCGUCUGGUACCCCAUCAACUUCUGGUGGAAACACUGAUACUACACCUUCUGGUACCCCAUCAACUUCUGGUGGUAAUACAGACACUACUCCAACGGGCCCAUCAUCGACGUCUGGUGGUAACACAGAUCCAAAUACAAGUAACACUACACCCAGUGUAACAGGCUCGACUGUGACACCCGAUGGAGGAUCAACGACUAGUGGUGAAAAUACUACGCCAUCGCCAACGAACCCAUCAGUCUCUACUCCGGAAACAACAACUCCAUCGACUGGUUCGUCUCCCAGUGACUCUACAGACACGACUGAAUGUAUCGAAGAUACAACUCCUUCUGGUACCCCAUCAACUUCUGGUGGUAAUACAGACACCACUCCAACGGGCCCAUCAUCGACGUCUGGUGGUAACACAGAUCCAAAUACAAGUAACACUACACCCAGUGUAACAGGCUCGACUGUGACCUCCGAUGGAGGAUCAACGACUAGUAGUGAAAAUACCACACCUGCUCCAACACCAUCGUUUACCACCCCAGCAGUGACUAAUCCGGAAAAUACGACGCCUUCUGGUGGUUCUUCUCCUAGCGAAGCUACAGACACAACUGAAUGCAUUGAAGAUACCACUCCUUCGGGUACCCUAUCAACUUCUGGUGGAAUCACUGACACUACACCUUCUGGUACACCAUCAACUUCAGGUGGAAAUACAGACACUACACCGAAUGUAACAGGAUCUACUGUGACAUCCGAUGGUGGUUCAACAACUGGUAGUGAAAAUACUACGCCAUCGUCGACAAACCCAUCAGUCACUACUUCCGGAACCACAACUCCUUCGACUGGUUCUUCUCCCAGUGAUGCUACAGAUACAACUGAAUGCAUCGAAGAAACACCUUCAACUCCCGGUGAUAAUUCCAAUACCACACCUCCAAGUUCAAACGACGCAACUUCAAGUGUAACACAAACAAGUGUUACUCCAGACGGGGGUGCAACAACAUCUAGUGCUAGUGUAACAGUUCCAAAUGGUGGCACUUCAACAAUCAGUGAUAAUACAUCAUCUUCUACUAAUAUUUUGACAACUGUUUCUACUUCAACUGCCACGCCUGAUAUCAAUGGUAAUACCACCGAAUGUGUUGAAGAAGCAGAUGCAACAACAGAACGAAAUAGUUCUGGCCAAUCCCCUGGUUUAGUUGGUGGAUUAUUGCAGGGUUUAACUGGGUAA